AUGGAUCUACAAGUAGAUAACCUCAAGUUUAUCAGCGAAGCUUCCAAGAAUGAUGUCUAUGGGUUGUUCUUUCUUUCAAAAAAUAAAUUAAAAGGUUAUGUAAACAUUUCAUCUUCAGAAAUAUAUCCAUCAGGUUGUACUAUUCUCAUCGAGUCGAUAAAUCAAGAAUUAAGACAAAACGAAAAUAAUCCAAAUUAUUCUACCACUAUAUGCCAUCUAUCCGGUGCCACAUACAACUCCACUAUUUUCCCCUUAAAUGUUACGAUUUUAGAAAACGAUACUGAAACAUUUUCAAAUGUUCAAGGAUGGAAUCAAAUUUUACCAAGUGGGAAGAUUUCAAAAUUUCAUUCUUCCAAUAAUUCUAUUAAUUCAACAUCAUCCACCAAUGUUCAAAUAUUUAAUUCAUAUUAUCGUAGCAACAACAUAGCUAGACGAGUGAAACGCUCUUAUUUUUUAGUUCACCUGUUCAACUCACCUCGCAACAUAAUGAUUUUGGGAAGAUCAUGCAAACAUACUUGUACUACUCACAACUAG